AUGGGCCCCCGCCCCCAUAGGCCACCACCAGCACUAGGGGACCUGAGGGCCCCACACCUCAUACUGCACACAAGUCAGACCGGGCUUCCUCCCCUCAGCACGCCCACCAUAUCGCAGCGCACAAGCAGUCACAAGCCACGGUACUACGGGGGCCGUGCUACCAGGGCCCCGUACUACCAGGGCCCUGUACUACCAGAGCCCUGUGCUACCAGGGCCCCGUACUACCAGGGCCCUGUACUACCAGAGCCCUGUGCUACCAGGGCCCCGUACUACCAGGGCCCUGUACUACCAGAGCCCUGUGCUACCAGGGCCCCGUACUACCAGGGCCCUGUACUACCAGAGCCCUGUGCUACCAGGGCCCCGUACUACCAGAGCCCUGUGCUACCAGGGCCCCGUACUACCAGGGCCCUGUACUACCAGAGCCCUGUGCUACCAGGGCCCUGUUCUACCAGAGCCCUGUGCUACCAGGGCCCCGUACUACCAGAGCCCUGUACUACCAGAGCCCUGUACUACCAGGGCCCCACACUACCAGAGCCCUGUACUACCAGAGCCCUGUACUACCAGGGCCCCACACUACCAGGGCCCUGUACUACCAGAGCCCUGGCCCCGUACUACCAGGACCCCACACUACCAGGGGCCCACACUACCAGGGCCCCGUACUACCAGGCCCCGUACUACCAGGACCCCGUACUACCAGGGCCCCAACACUACCAGGGCCCCAACACUACCAGGGCCCCACACUACCAGGGCCCCACACUACCUCCGCCUCCGUAG